AUGUGGGUAUCAAAUAUGUCUGAGAAGGUUAUUCAUGCUGUUUUGAAGCAUGGUGAGCAUUCUGUUACUUUUCGUGUUAAUACUUCGACAAAUGUAGAUGAGUUGAAGCAUUUUGCAUAUUUCUAUUUGAAUGUUGAUGUGAUUCUGAAACAUACUUCUCGUUCUAAUUAUGGUUGUAGCACUAGUUCUGGUUCUAGUACUGCAAAUUCUUGUGUAACUGAAAGUCCUAAGCUUGCAAGGGUGGUAGAUCAUGAUGCAGACAAGGCCAAGCCUCUGAUUUGUGAUGAAUGGAUUUAUAUUUUUGACAAAGUUAUUAGAGAAUUUAUUGGUGGUGCUAAAGUUGUUAGACUUUUUGUUGAUAAGUACAAGAUGGCUACUGGUUACAAGAUUGUUAUUUUUAAAAAUGACAAGACUCGUUUUACUGCAAAGUGCGAAGAAAAUGAUUGUGGUUGGAGGAUUCACUUUAGGCCUAUGAGUGGUGACUUAUGGUGUUGGUUUGAGGUUAAAGAGGCGGUGACAACCAAGUUAGUCAAGCAUUUGAUCGCUGACAAUAUACAGGGUGAUCCUAUUUUAAAACCCAUACAGAUCAUGUCACUUUUUAAGAAGACUUAUGGGUCCAAUAUUAAGUAUCACCAUCCCCGUAGAAGAAAAGAAGCCGUAUUUGAAGAACAGUUUGGUGAUGACGAGAAGUCGUAUAACGAUUUAACUUGGUAUGUCAAAGCCAUUGAGCAAACUAAUCCUGAUAGCUUUGUGAAUUUUGAAGUUGAUCAUUCAACCAGAAGAUUGCAGAGGAUUUUCAUUUGUUUUAGUGCUUGCAAGCAUAGUUUUAGGUAUCUCAGGCCCAUGAUUUACUUGGAUGUUACUUUUCUUACUGGUAGAUUCAAGGGUACUUUGAUGGCUGCAACAUGUAUCAAUGGAAACAAUGGUUUUUACCCAUUUGCUUUUGCUCUUGUUUCUGCUGAAAACAAAGAUAAUUGGUUUUGGUUUCUGUACAAUCUUAAACAAGUUGUCGAUGGUCGUCAAAUUGUUUUCCUUAGUGAUCGUGGAGAAGGACUUUUGCAAGGUAUUCCAAAACUAACUUUGAAGAAGCUUUGCAUGCAUGCAAUUGGAUGUGGACAUGUUGCUAAUUAUAUCAGUGUUAUUCCAAAGGAGAAAUGGGCAAUUGCAUUUUUAUCUGUAUGCAGAUAUAAUGCUCACUCUUUAACUCUUUCCGAGUCCUUCAACAACUGGAUUCUUGAUUUCAAAAAGUUGCCUGCUUUUACUCUUCUCGAUGCGAUACGUUUGAAGGUUAUGAAGAAGAAUUCUGAGAGAAUGAUAGAAUGUAUAGAAAAUUUCAACACUAGGCUCACUCUCAUAUAUGAGGCUUUACUAAAGGAAAACUUCGACAUUGGUCUUACUUGGAUUGUUACUGAGUCCAUGGAAAUAUUGUAUGAAGUCGCGUCUCCCCGGUCUCAUUCAGUAGAUCUAUUGCAAAAAACUUGUACAUGUCACAGAUGGCAAGUUAAUGGUUUUCCUUGUGCACGUACUUGUGCUACCAUUCAACCUACGAAGGAGGAAAUCUGUUCAUUUUUUGAGCCAUACUUCACCACUGAAUGGUACAAAAGGACAUACCAGGAGAUCAUCUUGCCAAUCCCCAAUUAUUACAAUCCGCAGGCUUAUGAUCCAAGUGAUAGGGUUAUUGUUCCUAUUCAUGUUCCUCCACCUGGUAGACGAAGAGCACAUCGUAUCAAGAAUACUUGUGAGAAGCAAAAGAGGCCUAUGAUGUGCACAAAGUGCUUCACCCUUGGUCACCACAACAGAGAUACCCGCCCCAUACCUUGA